GUUCAACACACAGCAGGGCCAACGAUGAUGUUGUCUUGUGUUCUCUGUAAUGUUUUCUUUUCCAGGACGUUGCAAACUCAGUGGUUUUAAUCCUGCAUGUUCCAACUCUGGCAAAACUCAGGUCACGAGGAAAAUCACGAGUAUUUAUUGUCAAGAAAGCUAACGAAAGUCUGUGGUUUUUAUGCAAUGUUUUUUACUGAUUUUGCCAUGCCCUCCAUUGGAACAAUGGGAUUUUCAGUAUGUUCUUUUUCAUUCUUUCAUCAUUACUCAUGGAAAAAAGAUUGAUACUGAAUGGCCCUUGAGCAAUCAGGAGGCAGUUUAUCGGGCCUGCCUCAAGCUGGGUGGUUAUUUUUGCUGUUCUGGAGCUUCUCUUCAAGGCUAGAACCUUGGUCUCUCUCUCACAACAGCCCUCGCCUGCCUGCCCCGCAACCACUGAUCUUCGCAAACACGCAGCACGGCGAGCAGAGGGCGAUUUGGCUCCUUCGAGCGGGGAGAAGCUCAGCGUCCUUAGUAAAGCUCAGGUGUCAGACGGCGUCCACCCCUGGAGCUGCGAUGGCAGGCAGGGAGCGCGUGGCAAUGCUGCUCCUGGCUCUGUGUGGCGUGGCCUGUGCAGGUCCGCUGUCCAGGAGCCCCUGUGAGCUGCUGCCAGUCGGGGAGGGGCACCCGGUGCAGGCCCGGCUGAAGAGCUUCACCGUGCUGGCGGGCUGCGCCAGCCGCGGCUCCAUGUCCUGGCCGCAGGAGGUGCACAUCAUCAACCUGAGGAGCUCCGGAGAGGACAGCACCGGGCAGCCGGUCGCACAGGUGACUCUGCAGCUGAAGCCCAUCCAGUCCCUGCCGGAGCACGAGAAGCCGCUGGUGUUCGUGCUGAACUCCCUGCGCCCCGUGCAGUGGAAGCUGGAGACGGAGAAGCUGGCUCCUCAGGUCAAGCGGACCUUCCAUGUUUCCGAAGGCUCGACGGUCCAGUUCGAGCCCGGAAAUUUCUCCCUCUCCUGCAAGGUUCUGCAGGAAAAGCUUCCCACCCACAACGAGCGCCUAAUGACGUGGGCCAAGAGGAAGUACGAGGCAGUGACCUCCUUCUCCGAGCUAAAGGUCGCCCAGAACAUCUACAUUAAAGUGGGCGAAGACGCCACGUUCUCAGAGACCUGCAAGAUAGACAACAAGUUCCUGUCUCUAAAUUACCUGGCUCAGUACGAGCAGCCCCAGCAGUCCCUGGGCUGUGUGCUGUCUGGCCCCUCUGAGGACAGGGAGGUCCACAUCAUCGAGCUGCAGGCGCCCAACUCCAGCAGCGCUUUCCAGGUGGACGUGGUGGUGGACAUCAGGCCCCUGGACUCCAACGCCGCCCUCCGCCGGGACCUGGUGCUCGUGCUCAAGUGCCAGAAGUCGGUCAACUGGGUUGUGGAACCGCGUGGGCUGGCGGGCCGGCUGGAAGUUCUGACCUCGGAGACUGUCUCGGUGGGGCACGAGGUGGAGAGCUCCAUGCAGGUGGUGAAGACGGCCAGGCAGAGCCUGCCCUCGGGCUCCCAGGCUCUGAUCCACUGGGCGGAGGAGCGCGGCUACCGUCCAGUCACCUCCUUCACCAGCACUGCCGUGGCCAACCACUUCAGCCUGAGGCUGAGGGAAGCAGGUGUGGUGGUGGAGGAGCCCCUCAGCAUGUUCCCCCCGGAGCUGGAGCGUCUGCGCAACCUGAAGCCCCCGGUCGGCCCAGCGAGCUCAGGGCCCCUCGAGCUGCCCUUCCUCUUCGGCCGCGGGGGAGGCGGCCGGCCGGAGCCGGGCAGGCUGCCCCUCUUCCCGUUCCCAGCGGCCGAGUGGCCCCCCGCGGAGCCGGAGGAGCAGCAGGGCUCCGUGAGCAUGGGGCUGUCCGUGCGCUGCGAGGAGCACCGGAUCGUGGUUUCCGUGGACAAAGAGAGCCUGCAGGCGAAUGGCUUCAGAGGAGAUGGCAUCACUCUGCAGGACCCUUCGUGCAAAGCGACAGCCAACGCCACACACUACACCCUGGAGACGCCGCUGACCGGCUGCAACACCACGGUCUUCCAGCUCCCUGGCAGCCCAGUGGCUAUUUACCUGAACUCUAUCUGGAUCAACCAGUCAGAGCCAGGAGAUGGAAGUGGCUGGCCUUUUGAUUAUGAGGACAUGGAGUCUGGCGAUAAUGGCUUUGCCUCCGAUGCUGAGGGCCCAGAAAGGACUGGUUCUGAACCAGAGGCACACGGACCCGUCUCUGUCUUGUUUAACUGCACGUACGGGCAGGCUCAGGAAUCUCCAGGCAGCACGCUGGCCAGGCACGGGCCCAGCAAGAAUCCGGUCAACAACGCGACCUUCAACAUGGAGUUCUACAGCACCGACCUCUUCCACUUUCCCCUGCCCCAGGCCUUCCCCACCGCCUCCGACAAUGAGCACAUCUUCGUCGAGGUUUCAGUUACCAAAGCCGACCAGGAGCUGGGGUUUAUGAUUCAAACGUGCUUCAUUUCGCCGCAUUCAAACCCCAACGUGGCCUCGGAUUACGUCAUCAUCGAGAACAUCUGCCCCAAGGACGAGUCUGUGAAGUUCUACUCACCCCCGAGACCCGGCUUCCCCCUCCUGCAUGCGCAGACGGACAGGAAGAGGUUCAGCUUCACGUUCAGGUCCAGAUACAACAUCUCCCUGCUCUUCCUGCACUGCGAGAUGACCUUGUGCACAAAGAGGCAGGUGGACAGCCAAGGCCUGCCCAAGUGUAUUCAGCCAGAUGAAGCCUGCACUGCAGUCACCAUAGAGACGAUUCUGGCCAUGAUGAUGCACAAGAAGAUCUCCACCAAGCCGCUGGUCGUGGUCUCCAACGGCCCUGUCCCUGAAGGUCCUCCCACAAGGAAAGAUGUGCCAGAAACCGAGCCCCCUCCUGAGUAUGUAAUCUAUGGCCUGGACACUCCCACUGUGGUUGGAAUCGCCUUCGCGGCUUUCGUGAUUGGAGCUCUGCUGACGGCAGCCUUGUGGUUCAUUUAUUCCCACACAGGUGAGGCGGCCGGAAGACACCAAGUCCCCACGUCGCCCCUGGCCUCUGAAAACAGCAGCGCGGCCCACAGUAUCGGCAGCACACAAAGCACCCCCUGUUCCAGCAGUAGUACAGUCUAACCCAAGGGCCGGAGCCACGCGGGGAGGCCGGAAGAGGCCAGGGCUCUGUGGCGAGUGUUUGUUGACUUUAGCUUUCCCAGGACGAAAGGAAUUAUUUUGGGUUGCUUUUGAAGGCAGAGAAGGGUGUUUGAUUUUAUUCUCUUUCUCGCUCUAACUCUUUCUCUCCCUCGACGUAAAAAAAAAAAAAAAUCACCUGCCGUUGUCCUCCCGCUGGCUGCAGUGGGGGGGGGGCCUUUCCGUUCUCUCCAGAAGAAAUUCCAAGACCGUGCGGCAGAAUGACUACUAGUGAUCAUCCCACAGUGGGACUCAUGAAAACAAGACAGAACCAAAACAAAGAGAAAACACAGCUGUGCUUCAGAAACGCCAGCCCGGUUCCGUUUUCUUUUCCAAAUGCUGCUUUCUACAACUAAAGAAAAACUUUACUUUUAUUUUUAUUUUAUAUUGGUCUUGUAUAGCUUGUAAAUGUUAUAGUAUAUAUACCUGAAAGGGAUUCAAGAAAAGCUAAGAGCUUAUUUGUAAAAGAAUGUAUUUGUGCAUAUUGUAAAUAGGCCCCUAGUGUUAAACUGACAUUGAAAGUAUAAAACACCUUGAGCACGACAUCUUUUUUUCAGUUUUCCAAGUAAUUGCAUUGCACAGACGGCAUCUAGCCAGUAUUUCUUAAAGCUCCUAUAUAAAUGCUACAUAUUAUUUUGCCAAAAAUAUCAGAUACUUACUUAAUACUCUUAGUUUUCCUAUGUGUUCUUGGUCUGGGAUUGUGUACAAAAGAGUGAAAAUUAUCGUUUGUGCGCAUUUCUGAAGGAUGGGGCAUUAGAACUGAGAUAACAACUAAAGGAGAAGAAAUAAUUAGUGAGUGUUAAAUGAUUGUGCUUCUCCUGGGUCUUACACCACUAUCUCUUCCUUUUUGAGGUUAUUGUUAUGUUGUUUAAUUCCCUUUGUGUAAUGCCAGAGAACUGAUUCCUCUGCUUUAAUCUUGCAAGGGAUUGAGAGGAAUGCCAGACCUUCUGAACGGCCACGCACUGAGCAGGCGGACCUGAGCAGGGCUUGUGGGGUUAAAAGGGAAAGGAGCCCGGAACCCCUGGGAGUUAGGGGGUCUGAAUGCUUCUCUCCUGUUUAACACAGCUGCUGAGAUGUGAGAGGUGCCCCGGCGAGAAUGAUCUCUCUGUUCAAAACAGCAACACCAGCACACAAUAACCAGUAUAGCAAUAAGCAACAGCCCAAAAUACCCUUGUGGUUUCAGUGGCUUUGCCUGACCUGAGCAUCCCAGGAGCCAGUGAUACAUCACAGAUGCAGUCCAGUUGCCUAGGACACUGUCACUGUCCAUUCUGCCACACAGAAAGGCAGAAGGGAGUUGGGCAGCAGCAGUGCUCUGAGCCCAGGUGAGUUAGGCCUCAUCACCGCAGUCCGGUAAACCGAAAAGAGGCGUGCGUCACAUUAGUUUCACACAAGAUGGUCUUUUCUCAUCUUUGCUUCUGAACGUGAACAUUCUGAUGACCGGCUGAAAAACAAAUAGUUCAGAGCACCUGUUGAAAUUUAACUCCUUUUUUAAUUCACUCAUUUUAGCAAAAUAGCCACUUUUAUGUGCGAGCACGGCUUUACUGAUACACGUGUGCAUGGUGUUGCUGUACUGUGCGUGUUUGUCGUUCGUUAGCCAGUAUGAGCAAUAUAAUCCCACAGCCCUCUAUAAAAUUAAAACCUACAGCUGUAAGUCCUAUUUAUUAUGUACCUUCUCAAAAUCGAUUGUAUUUUUUGGAAAUAAAAGGGAUUGGAAUAAAAAAACAGGGAAGAAGGGAGAGCAGAACAGAUUUGGUUCAUACAGAGCAAUCAGUGUAUAUAUUUAGUCAGAAAAAGCAAAUCUGUAGACAUCUAAAUCAGAAUUUUGAACUAAUUCUUUAACAAUGUUGCUUGCUGCUGACAUUUCUUUUUAGAAUGUAUUUUAUUUCAAAGCUUCUAAGUAAUUGUAAGUGUGUCAAACUUGUAUAGAUGUCUUCAGAGAAGACCAAGUAUUUUAGUACCAGAUAUUUUUAUUGUGGACAGCUUGUAUAAAGUCAUAUUUGUUUUAAAAUAUUUACUUAAAUAGAGCCAACCUAUAAUUUUGUAUUCUUCUUACAUCAUGUACUGUGAAUUUUUUGUGCCUUGUUGUUGGGUUUUCUACUACUCUGUAAAUACCUUGCUUUGUUACUGUGACCAGUACUAUGCUUUAAAUACGAUUGUGUGUACAUAUGUGUUGGUUUGGUGAAAAGGUGAUGCUCUUUAAAAAGACAACAAAUAGAGCAGUACAGGCAGCCUGUGUUGGUCAGGUGUUCGAGCCCAAAUGUUACCGAGACAAUCCACCUCUGUCCAGGAGAUGAAGGUGUGUGAAACACUGGGGUCUGGGAGAUUCAGCCAGCUGUAGAAUCAACUCGCAUGCAGUUAAUCUCACUUGCAAAUGAACUUCUGGAGGAGAAAAUGUCAAAAACCUGUUUCUUUAAACCUCACGACCACCGUCACAGCUUUCAUUAAACUGAGCACUACAGCAUUUUUCUCGUGAGCAAAACCUCUUCCCACGAUCCUCCUCACGUCCUGGACGCCUCCGAAGGAAGUGUUUUGGUUCAGGACACUCCGAAGUGUCAUUGGAUUUGGAGGAUAGCAAGAUCUUUAUAAACACGAGCCUCCUCCUCCUGCCCGUGGAGACAGUCGUGUUUAGACUGCCCAUGACGCGUUCAGACAGUUGUGGGUGAACGAUGACUCCAAUUUGCUUAAUUUUUAAAAGACACCCGCGUACAGGCAGCAAUCGGCAGUUUGUGGCCUGUUUAAUUGAGAAGCAUUCCAGUGGUUUUGUGACUGGCGUUAUCAGAUGUGGCAGUCCUACUGGAGCAUUGCUACUGCUCCAGCUCCUUCUCUUAACUCCCUGGGAGCUGCUGGCUUUGGGAAACCUACAGCUUUAUGGGGGGGGAGGGGGUACUUAGGGAGGCAUGUUGAUCCCUUGGGGCUCUCUGUGCCUGAGCACCACCAGUGCAAGGGUGCACCCCGCUUCUAGCAGCACGCCCUGAGUGCGGCACAGUCCGUUCUCACAGAGGGGGAGGCCUCCUGCGCUCCUCCUCUGCACACAGCGGGGCUAACACGUCCCCCCGGCCCGGGUCUGCCGGCCCCCUUGUCUGCGAUCAUGGAGCGCGGUCCAGCAGAGCAGCAGGAAGAGCCGGUCUCCGCGCGCGUCCGAAGAGCCCCACGCUUACCAGAGCAGGCAGCUGCGCCGCAGGGGGAGACACCCGAGGGUCAUUACUUCAGCCCUUUAGAAAAUGUUGGAAAAUUGAGGCUGGAAUUGUUUCUUUUCGUUUCUGGCAGCCAUUUCUCUGAAGUCUAUCUACCUCACGGUUUUAUUUUUUGCCCUUGGUAUGGGUGUUAGACGUACCUCCUAGCUGUCAUGACUUGCUCGACGCUGGCGGGUCAGGAGGCACAGGGAUGAAGCUCGAGGCCCAGGGGAGUCGGGGUGGUGGGUCAGAGGGAAGCGGGGGGCUCGUGAACUGCUCUGGGAGAGGACCCCUGGGGUUCAGCAGCCCGUUAACAAGGCAUGCUGGCUGCUCUUCACCUGUUCCACAACGUCUAGCAUUUCCCUUCCGGGACGACCGUCUGAAGGAAGUGAAAAUCUUUACAUAGUAAAAGGGACAUAUUUGAGUCCACAGAGGGGGGGGGGGGGGGAACUUGUUGGUAUUGUAAUUCAGCCUGGUUGGGUGUUGCAUUGUACUGGACAGGAAGCACUUAUACCAAACUGGCCAGGCUGGUCACUUCUGGGGUUUGAACUUUUUCCAGCUCGGUAAGCUGUUGUACAGAAUAUCUACUUUUAUAUACACAGUGCCUUUUUGUAAGCUUUUAUACGCAUAAUAAAUUCUUAUGAUUAUUA